CACGCGGAUCGUGCGCGGCCGGUUGUUGGAGUUCGUGCGGCGUGGCGUUUGUCGCCGGAAAACCUUGUGUGUAGUGCGCUCCUCUCCUUCUUCCACCUUCGCCCGAGGGAGUGUGAGAGAGAGCGCGCGCGCUAUCCGGGUUCGUCACAACACAAAAUGGAAGGCGGCGGAGUCCAGAUCGUGUCUCGGCGCAUGGUCAAGCCAGAUUGUCAGACGAGCACCCGGCCGCCGGAGCCUGAGACCGUCCACCUGACGCCAUGGGACCUGCGGCGGAUCACGGUGGACUACAUCCAGAAGGGAGUCGUCCUGCCCAAACCUCAGGCAGAUGCGCACGCCGUCGAACACCUCGCGUCGUCCUUCGCGCGCGCCGUGGGCCGCUUCUACCCCCUCGCCGGCCGCUUCACCGUCGCGCCGGGGGCCACCGACGACGACGGGGCGCCGUCGCCUCGGCCGAGCCUGACGAUCUCGCUCCGCUGCAGCGACGAAGGCGCCGAGUUCGUCCACGCCGUGGCGCCCGGGGUGACUGUCGCCGACAUCACCGGCCCGCUUCACGUCAUCCCACGGGUGGUGUUGUCCUUCUUCCCUCUCAGCGGGAUGCUCGGCGCGGACGCCAUCGUCGACCCCAGCCGGCCGCUCCUGGCCGCGCAGGUCACGGAGCUCGCCGAUGGCCUCGUGGUCGCCAUGUCGCUGAACCACGGCGCCGCCGACGGGACCACGUUCUGGGAUCUGUUCAACGCAUGGUCGGAUAUCAGCCGGAGCGGCGGCGCCGCCAACGGAGACAUCUCAAUGGCGCCGAUACCCAAGAGAUGGUUCCUUGAGGGCUGCACCGUGCCGAUCCCUCUCCCCUUUGCCAGGGCGGAGGACAUCGCCAGGCGGUUCGAGUACCCGCCGGUGCAGGAAUGCUCGCUCCGUUUCUCGUCGGAGAGCGUGAAGAAGCUGAAGGCGAAAGCGAACGCCGAGAUGGCCACCGGCACAGCCACCAUCUCCUCCUUGCAGGCCGUGCUUGCACACCUAUGGCGAGCAGUGUGUCGGGCCCGUGGGCUCGCGCCGGACCAGGAGACGACGUGCGCGCUCCCCGUCGGAUGCCGGACGCGCGUGAAGGGCAUGCCGCAGGUUUACCUGGGCAACGCGGUGGCGGGUGCCGUCGGCAGGAGCGCCGUCGGCGAGAUCCUGGGCGACGGCCGGCUGGGAUGGGCGGCGUGGCUUCUGAACCGGGCCGUGGCUGCGGUCGACGAGGCGAGCGUGAGGGACGAGCUCGCGGCGUGGCCUGGAAACCCCAGCUUCAAGUACGCUGCCGAGUGCGGCGGGGAUCCUCCUGCGGCGAUGGUGGUCACCGGCUCGCAGCGGUUCAACGUGUACGGCAACGACUUCGGGUGGGGCAGGCCGGUGGCCGUCCGGAGCGGCGCCGGGAACAAGCUGGACGGGAUGGUCACGGUCUACGAGGGCGGCGGAGGGGCAGGGAGCAUGGAGCUGGAGGUCUGCGUCGCCCCUGAUGCGCUCGCCAGGCUCGUCGCCGACGAAGAGCUGAUGGCCGCGGUGGUAGGAGGGCUGACGUACUGAUCCGCGAUGGUAGGUGCACCAAUGCGUCGAAGGAGUUUGGCAUUCAGAUACAAUGGAAGUCUACUGUAGUACUCCCUCCGUAAAGAAAUAUAAGAGCGGUUAGAUCACCUCUUAUAUUUGUUUACAGAGGGAGUAUUAUUUUUCCUAAAAGAAAGUUUAUUGAAAAGUGGAUAAUAUGUUUCAAAAUUUCUGCUCA